UUUUUCAAAAUGGUGCGUGCGCCAGUUGUGCCAGAAAGAAUAAAACUGAUAAAAGAACGAGAGAGAAUGAUUGAGCACCAAGGUUGUCAUCGGUUUCCAUAGGAGUCGCUCAAGCGCUGCUUGAAUGUGUGUGUAAGCCGCCGCAGCUGUGAGUUGCUUGUAUGGAAAAGGUCGCUCAAUUCAGUCGGCUCUUGGUCAAAUUGCUUGGUGGGUCGUUUGCCGGCCGGUGUUUAGUAGAAGUGAAAAUGUUGGUGGUUCUCGAUUUUUUGGAAAAAUGAGCGAGCCAGAGCUUGAAAAUGACAACAACGAAGUCCGGGAUCGUUCCCGAUCUCGUUCCCGUAGUCCGCAUGCACGUCGUUUGUGGGUUCAAGACUUAUUCCUGAACCGAAACGAAACCGGCAACCGGCUACUGACCGACAUCACGACAUCGGGUAUAUACGAGACGAUGAACCGAUUUUUAAGGAUGAAGAAGGAAGAUUUCUUCCAUUUACUGUCCCUUGUUGGUCCAAAAAUUGCGAAAAUGGACACAGAUUUCCGCAAAGCAAUCACGGAACAGGAAAGGCUGCUGAUAACAUUGCGUUUUCUUGCGACUGGAGAGACAUUUACCAGCCUCCAAUACGUGUUCCGGGUGUCGAGGCAUUCUAUCAGCAGAAUAGUUAAAGAGACGUACGCAUGUCUUAUCGAGGCUUUGCGGGAUUAUGUCAAGCUACCCUCUACCGAAGAAGAAUGGCUUGCAAUCUCAAGACGAUUUGAGCAGCGCUGGAGAUUUCCUCACGCAAUAGGUGCAAUCGAUGGGAAGCACGUUGAAAUUAUUUGCCCUCGUAAUAGCGGAUCCGAAUAUCACAACUAUCAAAAAAAAUUUAGUAUUGUAUUAAUGGUUGUGGUCGAUGCUGAUUAUAACUUUUUAUGGGCAGAUGCUGGUGGUAAGGGAGGAAUAUCGGACGGUGGAAUAUUUAAAAACACACGGCUGUAUCACAAGCUAGAAAACGACCAACUAAACAUUCCACCAGCAACGCCAUUGCAGGUCCCGUACCAAACCCCAGUCCCAUACUUUAUUCUCGGUGACAAGGCAUUUGCCUUUACCAAUUACUGCUUAAGACCGUACAGCGGGGUGCAUCCUCCUGAUUUAAUGGAGCGGUUGUUCGCGGGCGACGAGUCGAUGGAGAUUGGAGAAGUGAAGGGGGCUUGA